AUGAGAUUUAUUGGCUUUAUAUUUGCUAUAUUGGCAAUCUUAAACUUCAAUUUAGCAGCUCCCCUUUUUUCUUCAGAAGUAAAGGCUACUAAUGAUUUCGAAAUUAGAGAUAAUCUACCAGAUGCUGUAUUUAAAAGAGAUGACUUCAGUAUAUUUGAAGACGAUGAAAGCUUAGCUAAGAGAGAUGUUGCAGUAAUUACAGAAUUCUUUACUGCACUUAACAAAAGUGGUUUAGUUGUUCCAGUUGUAAAGAUUUUAGCCACAAACAAAGUGACUGAACCUUUAUUAGUACAGGCUAUUGUUGCAUUUCUUAAGACACAAAAUUUAGCUGAUUUACUUCAUUCAGUUGACGAGUCAGGACUCGCUGUUGAUAUCGUUCUUAGAACAUUGCAAGAUUCUACUUUUUUCCCUGGAUUAUUCAAUAUUGUCAAUGGAUUGAGAACGGGAGCGACAACAACUCCAUCUAAGAGCACAUUGGAUACUGGAGCAUUAGAAUCGGCCUUAAGCCCCAUUGCGCUGACUUAUAGCCAAUACCUGGGAUUAGGUUCAAGUCUUGGUUCAGCCUUAAGCAGUCUUGGGAUACUGACUUCUAGUAGUUCUGGACUUUUGUCAGUUUUAAAUCCAGUUUUGUCAGUCGUUGGGUUGAAAAAAGGGUCUACAGGAUCAACAAGCUCUACCAAAAGUGGGUCUAUAACUUCUAGUUCGACCAAAACUUCAACUAAUGCUUCACCAACAAGCACGACUCAAGCUAGUUCGUCAACAACGGCUAAAUCAACAGCCACAUCUACCCUGUCAUCAUCAUCGUCUUCUUCGUCUUCUUCUUCUUCUUCUUCUGGGGUACUUGCUAGUCUUCUUGCAAAGAUUAAAUCGACUUUCCUGAAGCGUGAAGAUAUUUCCACUAUUAUGACAAAAAGGGAUAAUCAAGUAUUAGAUAGUUUAAUGGAAUCUUUAGAAAAAUCUGGGUUAGCAAUGUCAGUUUUAUACCUGGUUACAACUGAUCCAGAUAUGGCACCUUUCGCAAGAGAUUUAAUCACUCAGAUUGUUAAAAAGAAGGCUAUCACAUUGGAUGGUUUGCUGCUGGCAUUGGAUAGUACAAAUUUGUUGAAUGAUGCAAUCAUUGACACAUUAACAAGUUCAAAGCUUGGUAUCACUAUCAGUUAG